AUGCAAACAACUGAAUGCCCGCGUGCGAGUCCCAAACCUGAGGCUUCUUUGGGCGGCCGUCUCGUACUCCAACUUUUUUUCGCUUUGGUGCCAUGGUCUUUCACAAUAACGCACACGCACUACGUCUCUAUCAACAUCGGCGUCGUUUCCGUCGACGCACACGGUUCCCUCAAGGAGUCACUACAAAAUGAGACCUCGCUCGCCAGCAUCAGGGCCGGUCUCCGGCAGAACAGCGUCAUGGACAUCUCGUUUGACGAGUUCUUCGCCAAUGUCGAGUAUGUCAUGACUUCCCUCGCCCGGGAUAACGGCUUGCACCAAAAAAUUCAGGGUGUCACGCACCAGUCCAUGCUGGAUGCCAACAACGAGCACCUACUUGGGAAUCCCAUCUUCAGCCAGCUGUCCCGCGCUCAGGAGAAGAUGGCUACCGGCGCCCCGCGGGCUGAUAAAAUGGACCUCGAAAAGGCUUUAAGGAGCGUGAAGAAGAUUGAGGAGGCUGAGCAGCUCAUCCGGGAUGCCACACUGACCAAGUUCGCCGUCUUCCUCGACCGGUCCAUCGACGAGAUUAGAGUCGACCAGUCGCUGGCCACCAUUGGGCUCGACUCCCUUGUCAGUAUCGAGCUCAAGAAUUGGAUGAUUACCAAAGAACAGAUAGAUGCACCAGUGAGUGACCAGAUAGAAAGCAGUCAUGGCUUCUACUGUUGCAGGGCUAGCAAGGAGCUACUUAGACACCCGCUUGUCGAUCUUGACGAAGCAGUUAGGGACCUCCUAAACAGUAUCGGCCACUUUGCUCAUACGCGGGAAGAGUUCUUAGAGUUCAGCCGCAAAGCCCAUGCCCUCGCCGCACCGGGCAGUAUUGGCCGCAAGCUAUACAGCCAGCUCCGCGCGAAGGCAGAUGACCCAAGCGUGGAGAGCUGGAUCGCUGGCCCACUCCUGAAGGCGCUGCACAUCAAGAGACGAUAUCCUUUGGCACCAUUUAGCAACUUUCUUGGCACGCACUUUGACAGUGUUAUUCCGCACUCGCAAGCCGAGCGAGCGGCCGUCCUUACUAGGAGCUUGUGCGAGUUUAAGCGUGACCGCGAUGCUGGAAACUUGGAGCCCGAUUUUCUUGGAGAGAGGCCAAAUUGCGGCCACUCUCUAUCGUGGUUGUUCAACGCCGUAAGAGAGCCAAACAUAGGCUGUGAUAAAUUGAGGAGUUAUCCGGGUAAUGAGCACGUCGCCGUGUUGCGGAGGGGGCACCUGUUCAAGGUGCGCCUUCUGGAGGGAGACCGCAUCGUCUCGUAUCAAACGCUGAGGACGACGUACCAGGCCAUCAUUGACCUAACCCUCGAGGAAAAGUAUUGGACGGGCAUGCUGACCACAGACAAUCGCGACAAUUGGGCCACUAACCGACAGAGGCUUCUCUCCAUUGACGACAUAAACGCCAUGUACUUAGACACCAUUGAGACAUCUGUCUGCAUUUUGUGCCUUGACGAUGACAGUCUUGUCACACGUGAGGACCGUGUUCGCUCUGGGUACCUCGGCGACUCAUUCAACCGCUGGCACGACAAGAGUCUUCAGCUUGUAGUCACCGCUAACGGUCGCUCGGGAAGCAUCUUCGAGCAUUCCAUGAUCGACUUCAUGACCAUCUCGCAGCUCUCUCAAAGACUGCAGAAUGGCAUCAAUACCCUGACUCCUGGGAACUACACUCUCGACAAUAAAGCCGUCGAUCAUGCUAGCCUGGUGGAGAUCCCCUUGCUCACGACCGUAGAUAUUGAGGCACGUAUCAUUACGCUACGUAGCGAAUACAUAGCCGUCACAGCGGUGAAGAAAUAUACUUCGCACCUCAUCACUUCCUACGGCAAGGCCCUCUUUCUCGCCAACUCGGCGCCUAUCAAAGCAACCAUGGACUUAACAAUUCAACUCGCCAGCCGCUUGUACUUUGGCUAUCUGCCAGCGAGCUGGGAGACUGUUUCGACAGCACACUUUCAUCUGGGCCGUCCAGAGAUCGUGCAGGUGGUUCUUAGGUCAGUCGUUGACUUCUGUGACGCUGCGCUCGACAACGCAGUGCCGCGACCCGAGGCACGCAACAAACUAAUCCAGGCGGCGCGGGAGUGCAACGCGCAGAUUGUCAAGGGAACUGAGGGUCGGAACUACUUCCGUCUCAUGGACGUGCUCGAGGUGAUGAGUCAGGAGCAAGAGGAUGAGGAGAUCCCUGAAAUAUUCUCUGAUCCCGUUUGGAAGAGAGGUUAUCCGCGGCUGAUCAUGCAAACGAUGAUGGAAACGAAGCUGGCCGAAGAUCCAGGCUAUACAAUGGAGGACCCAGAGUCUGUGUGGAUGAACUACACGGUGAAUGACAAUUUUGUCGAGGUAUUAUUUGUCGGCGGAUACCACGUCUAA